AUGACCUCUCUGCUAAAGUCCGAUGCCGGGUCACCCGAUACUAGGGCAUCUCCGCUUGACCUCUUCCCGAUCGAAAUCUGGUCUCAAAUAGUCAUCCACCUGGACAUCGAUACUCUUACUACCCUCCGCAAGACAAGUAUCGUCUUCCGUAAAGUUGCUUUGAAUCCUCUCCUCAGUCUACUUGUACAGACACCUUGUCUAUCACCUCUUUAUCAGGUCACCCGAGUGGUAAAUCCUGAGCUCCCUCUUCGGGAUGUUGUCUUGCGUAUGCAUAAGCACAUAGAUGAAGUUAUAGCGGACAAAUUAGGGGAUGAACCGCCGAAAUGGACAGAUGAUGUGGUUGAAUGGGAGAAGUAUGAUUCUGAGAAGCCUUAUUGGGUGAAUUCAGAAGACUUUAGGAAAGAGGUGGGGAGGCGAGGAAAGGCACGUUCAAGAGUAUAUGUGGAAUGGGAGUGUCAGGUGGAGAACGAGAGGAAAACGUUGAGGAGAGAGGUUGCUAAGGUUUGGACAUGUCAGAGCAAAUAUUUUCCAUUUAGUAAAGAUGAAAACAGAGAAUGGAAGAAGCGAAGAGAGGCCAAUGGAAUUUCAUCUAGCGUGCCAACAAAGUCCAAACCAAAUUCAAAGCCCUCUCCAACUAAAAACGCUCCCGAAUCACAGUGGCUCUUCUCUCACCAAAUCCGAAACAAAUCCAAGCCUAAACGGCUCAACAUUGGCAGGGGUGAAGAAGAGUUUCACCGUAAAAUUCUCGCUCGAUAUGAAACCCCGCAGAAAUAUUUCGAGACGGAAGACGAUGAAUCGAGCGAUGAUACAGAGAUUAGGAGUAAGAAGGAACGGCGAUAUGGCGAAUUGAAUUCUACAGAGAAAAUGGUGUUUGCGCUUACGAGGUUUUAUGAGAGUCAUGAUAAAGUAUUAAAGUUUUCGCCAAAAUUGAGUUCGUAUCAGAGAAAGGAGUUGCAUAAGCAAGCUAAUGUGUUUGGACUGAGAAGUAUGAGUUUUGGAGAAGGCGAGGGCAGGUUUUUGGUUAUCCUUCGAAAAGAUGUAAAAUUAUUUGAUUAA